GCGGCGUUGCUACAGGUUCCCUGCUUGACUGGUGGUCUUUCGUUACUGUGCGGCGUUGAGAGCAUGCUUCAGCCUUGGCUACUAAUGACGCAGGUAUGUUUUGCUUCCACACUAGCACUAUGUAUGAAGUGCAAAGCUGGGUGGGCGGCCACGAGGGCGAGGAGUUCGUCGGCGUCGGCGCAUGCUUCGGCCCCAAGAUCGUCUCCAAGGAGAAGCAGGCCACUAGGAAGCCGCUCACCCUCGCAGACCCCAUCCACGGCUGCGCGUCUCCCAAAAUCAAUCUAAAUCAGGACAUGCAUGCUAUUUCUGGAAAAAGAUCCUCCGCUAUUGGCUAG